AUGGCAAAAGCAAAUCACACACUGGUGUAUGAAUUCAUCCUGCUUGGAUUUGCUGGGUCACGAGAAUUACAGAUUUUGCUCUUCAUUUUCUUCCUGAUAGUUUAUUUCAUUACCUUGCUGGGAAAUUUUGGGAUGUUUCUGUUAAUCCAGAUAGACUCUCGACUUCACACCCCCAUGUACUUCUUCCUUAGUAACCUGUCAUUACUUGACCUUUGCUAUUCUUCUGUGGUCAUCCCAAAGAUGUUGAUAGAUUUUGUAAUAGAAAGCAAAACCAUUUCCAUAAAAGAAUGUGCAGCACAAAUGUGGUUUUUUGCCUUCUUCGUCGCUGCUGAAUGUUAUCUCUUAGCCUCCAUGGCAUAUGAUCGGUAUGUAGCUAUUUCUAACCCAUUGCUUUAUACAGUUAUGAUGUCUAGGAAAACCUGUCUGUUACUCUUAGUUCCACCUUGUUUUGCUGGACUAUUAAAUGCCAUGACACAUACAGUUAUGACUUUCCAAUUAACUUUCUGCAAGUCCAAGAUCAAUCAUUUUUUCUGUGACAUCCCUGCUGUCAUAUCCCUCUCCUGCUCUGAGACACAAAUCAACAAGUUGGUGCUUUUUAUCAUGUCCUGUACUCAUGGCUCUCUCAGCAGCAUUUUUAUUAUUAUCUCUUACAUCUAUAUACUUUGUGCCAUCCUGAGGAUCCAAUCUGUGGAGGGCCAACGGAAGGCUUUCUCCACGUGUUCCACCCAUCUCACUGCUGUUUCCAUCUUCUAUGUCACCCUCUUCUGUAUAUAUGUGCGGCCCAGCCAUAGCUUUCUACCAGACCAAGGCAAGAUGUUUUCUGUGUUUUAUGCAGUGAUCAUCCCCAUGUUAAACCCACUGAUCUAUAGCAUAAGGAACAAGGAAGUACAAGAUUCCUUAGGGAGAAUUUUCAGAAGAAAAAGACUUCCAUGA